CGUUUGUAGCUGUCUAGCACAUAAAACAAACGGAACACAGCCAUGGCAGAAGCUGAAAAUCAGGAGGAUGAGACACAACUGAACUUGGCCUACUUUUACACCCUGGACAAAAAAUUGCAACCCCCACGAAUGAAUGUCGUUUGGGAGCUGAGUUCCAAAGACCGAGACUUCGAAGCGGCAUCCAUGAGCAGAACGCCUUUGCGUUUCGUGGCGGUCAUUGACGAGAGUGGCAGUAUGAACAAUAAAGUGGGUGAGGAUAACAUGACGUUGAUCCAAAGAAUGAAGCUUUUUGCCGAGCUGAUGGUUCAAAACCUGAAGGAGGAUGACGAGAUGGGGAUCGUCACUUUCGCUACGGAUGUUCAAGUAAAACUACCGAUGACUCAGUUGAACGAGGAUGGGAAGGCUCAAGCUUUGGAGGCGAUCAAGACCCUGCGCACCCGUGGAGCAACUAACCUGAGUGACGGUCUCCUCGCGGCAUUAGAGAUGUUUCAGUCAGGGGGGUCAUUCCACAACGGAAUAGUUCUCUUCACGGAUGGGGCGGCAAACGAGGGCAUACGAAAUGCAGACCAAUUGAUAGAAGCGUUCAACGCGAAGAAAGCGUCCGUUUGUGGAGAGGCGUGUCUACCUAUCUCAACAUUCACAAUUGGACAAUACAGACCAGAUCUCCUAUACGAAGUUAGCCAGAAACUCGGCAGUGACGCGUUCUUCUGGCUCAGCGACGACAGCAAUUUCGAGGCCGACAUGAUGAUCCCCAUCUUCCUCCGCGAGACGUGCCUCGUUUCCAACGUCCGUGUAACUCUGCACGCGCUCCACGGACUCACAUUUGAGUUCAGGUCCAUGGGCAGCCCCUUGAUGACUGCUGAAACAUCUCAGCUGGAGACCGGAACAGAAGCGAAGUACUUCAUGCACGACAUUUCGGAGGACAUGAAAAAGCACAUCCCGUGUGUCCUGAAUCUGCCUGCCGACUGGGAAACGACUCUGCCGGGAAAUGACGCCAUGUCCGCCAUCGUCACAUACGUUGGAACCGACCACGUUGAGCGAGAGCUACACGCCCAAAUACCGUUCUACCAUGACACGGUGGAAGACCUGAUCAGGGAAGAGGCAAGUGAGCGAGACACCAAGCAAAGCGAUAACACCAAAGAAGGAAAUGUUUCUAUUCCAAAUCGAAAAGCAGGACACACAUCGCCCAGAAGCCAAGUUUCUGCCGUUAAUGACAGAGAAGAAGUUAAAUUUCCAAUGAAAACCACUAACACACACAAAGAUCCCUCGGUGAGCAAAGAUACCAUACAUGUCGCCAUACCAGACGCGUGCAGCUAUAUCAUCGCACACACGUCAGAUCUCCCACACCAGGAGUUAAACAAGGUCCAACGGGCAGAAAUCGCCAUCGUCACAACAAUGCAAGAAGAUAGUCGCGUCCUUACGGUGGACUCGAUAAACAAAGCUGCCACCUGGGUGAGACAAGGGAAAGACAAGUCGUGGGUACCACAUGCAACACACCAUCUUCAGGAAGGAAUUAACAUCAUCACCCAAAAGCAGGAUGAAGUGAAGACUCUGGUGAGUGCAGAAGCCAGCCUCCAGGUGACUGCUUUCAACACGUCGAUGAAGGAUAACCUGGACUUUUGUGUAUCCCUUCUGGAGCCGGAGAACUUUGACCCUAGUCACUGGGCACGAAUGAAGGCGAUGGCCUCGUCUCUAGCCAAUGAGACGCCGACAGCGGGGGCAGUGUUCGGCAAGAACAGACAGCCUUUCGUCCCACCAAAACUGGCCACAAAGAUCCAGAAAGUCACUGUCGAAGUCGCGAAGCAAAAGGGUCAUGACGUUCCUGAGCCGGAGCCGGAGCCGGAGCCAGAGCCGGAGCCGGAACCACCACCGCCGCCGCCUGCCCCUGCACCAGUUGUCAAGCCGAAACCCAAGAACAAGCCGAAGUCCCCAGAAACAGUGAAGAGGCUGUAUAGAGACGCCAAAAGUGCCAAGGCCGUGCGCAUAGCCAAGCCGUUUAAGAAUCAACAGUUCACCUUGUCUGAGAAACUCGUCGCGGGGAAGAUAGCCAAAAACUCAACGGAAACCAUCAAGGAACUUGUCAUUAAACAUGGGGGAACCCCCGUUCCUUUUGUACAGAAUUCCGUUCUGGUCUGCACCAAGGCUGAGUACGAUAAAAAGACUGGAAAAGUCAGGGACGCCAUCGCCAACAAGAUCCCUAUUGUGUUUGAAGAGUUCAUUUACGACUCCAUUAAGGCCAAGAAGAUGUUGGACAUCGAGGAUUACAUGUUUUAAUUUGUGAGGCUAAUCUAGCCGUGGAGUAUCUUUUUUAACUUUGGAAAUUGAGUUUUUAUAAGAAAUGCCAACAAGCCAGUUAAAGAAGCUCAGAUGGGUAAUUUUGCUGACAGAAUUUCAGUUCUAUUGAUAUUCAAGUAUUUUGGUAGGGAUUGAGAAGUGACUCUUUCAAUUGUCUGUAUUCUUAUUUCACGUACAAUUCUAUUUCAACGUCCAAAAAAGACAUAGAAUUGCAUCACUGAUACCUCUAUCACUAACUCCAAUUCAUAACCAGAAGUAAAUUGUCAGAGACGGUGCCUGUCAUCCCCUGCUGGUUUGAAUGUGCUAUAUUGGUGUGCAGUGAAUCAUGUCGAACUAAUCCCUAAGCCGUUUGUGACGUUUUGUUAUCUGAUGGGGAGGGGGGCACCUGUAAAUAAGCCAGUGUUGUACUGUAUUAUCUUAGCCGUGCUAACAUAAAUGCAAGUCAGACAAAAAUAAUGGCUAGAAUAGCCAAUGAAGAAUCCUUGAUUCACAUAUUGGUAAUGGUUAGCUGUUUGGGUAAGUCGUCAGGAAAUAGUGGGAUGCGUUUUCGUAUCAAACACAUAAUGCAAAGAAAAGCACAUACUUACCUUCUUUAAAAUGU